AUACUGUAAAUGCCUGUGCAUAAUGUGCAUAACAGAACAUCAUUAUUUUCAUUAUCUUCAAAGGAAUUCUGUAGAAGCAGCCUUUAUUUUCAGACUCUGCAGGCCUGCUGGGAGGAAACAUAUUACAAUAAACAGAAGAAGCUCAUGGUCCACUAUCUGCUGCUCCAGAGUCAAGGCCAGGUCCCGCCCCAUGUCACUACAGAGCACAUGAGCAACUGGCUGGUGUCUCAGGGCAAAAAAUCCCUUAGGGAGAGGGUGUGGAAGGAAACCCUGGAGGAGGGAAACGACUUCGCUCAGCUGGCCUGGGAUGUAAACACUUGCCUAAAAAUGAUGAACAUAGAGCACGAGGCUUUCUGCAAGCUCCGCCGCUCCAUGCACCCCACCUCGCCAGCUGACAUCGAUCCUAAGGUCCACAGCAUUGUGGAGAGAGCUGUGAGGAGCAUUCUGGGCGAGCAGUCCAAUGAGCCCCGUAGCAACCUGCUCAGCCCAUCUCAGGUGGUGGUGGAGGUGGUGCCCAGGCUCCUCCUCGCCCUGUGGCUUCAGCCUGAGGAAGGCCAUUCAGAGCACCCAAUUCUUAUAAGUGGGAUGGCCGUGGGAAUGGUGGCGGCCGUAGUGGAGAAGCUCUCCUGCAUGUUAAAGGACCCUUCCCCUCACAUCCCUUUCUCCCGGGCUGCUGCUUUUGACUCUGUGCGGUCGAUCCUCGGGAGAAUCAGUCAGUCCUUCUCCACCGAUGACCUGCAGAGCCCUUUUUAUAUGAGCUCUGUCUGUGCCUUUGUGGCGGACGAGGUGCAGAGCUGCUUCCAGCCCCCUGCAGCCACCCUACCAGUCCCCCCUGUCCUCGUGGUGGGCGAUUCCACCACAUUACCAGCUGACAUCCAAGCAGACCCGGCUUCUUCCCACCUAGAGGUUGUAGACAUCACCCCUAACACAGAGGCAGAUCAGGCUUCUUCCCACCUGGAGGUUUUGAACCAUACCCCAAAAACAGAGGCAGACAUGGCUUGUUCCCACCUGGAGGUUGUGGACAUCACCCCUAACACAGAGGCAGAUCCGGCUUCUUUCCACCUGAAUGUUGUGGACAUCACCAGUAACACAGAGGCAGACCCGGGUUCUUCCCACAUGAAUGUUGUGGACAUCACCCCUAAUACAGAGCCCAUCUCUUCCCUCUUGGAGGUUGUGGACAUCACCCCUAACACAGAGGCAGAUCCGGCUUCUUUCCACCUGAAUGUUGUGGACAUCACCAGUAACACAGAGGUAGACCCGGGUUCUUCCCACAUGAAUGUUGUGGACAUCACCCCUAAUACAGAGCCCAUCUCUUCCCUCUUGGAGGUUGUGGACAUCACCCCUAACACAGAGGCAGAUCCGGCUUCUUUCCACCUGAAUGUUGUGGACAUCACCAGUAACACAGAGGCAGACCCGGGUUCUUCCCACAUGAAUGUUGUGGACAUCACCCCUAAUACAGAGCCCAUCUCUUCCCUCUUGGAGGUUGUGGACAUCGCCCCUAACACAGAGGCAGAUCCGGCUUCUUUCCACCUGAAUGUUGUGGACAUCACCAGUAACACAGAGGUAGACCCGGGUUCUUCCCACAUGAAUGUUGUGGACAUCACCCCUAAUACAGAGCCCAUCUCUUCCCUCUUGGAGGUUAUGGACGUCACACCUGAAGAAAGGACUCUCACGAUGGCCGUCUUCGCCACUCUGCCAGCUGACAUCCAAGCAGAGGAUGUUGCUGUGUUCAUCCCGGAUGUCACCAAGGACGUGACACUGGAUGUUCCAUGCAGUGCUAGGAAAGGGGCAGUCCGGCGAUUAUUUUGCAGGCUUUGGAGGGCAGUGUGCUGCUUCGCCUGCCACAAGGAAGAGGAGGAACAAUAUUAA